UUCAACAAUGCAGCCUUGAUCGUGCACACAGGGGGAUCUAGCUACUCGUACAGCGCGCGAUUGGCAUGGACAUGCUUACAAAAAUAAAACUUAACACCGAACAUGCCAUUUUGUUAUCAACUUGUAUAACCCGAAAUAUGUUUUGAAGCUGAUUGAAGUAUAUAUAUAUAUUUUUUUAACAUUUUGGAGCCUCAUACCGGGUUUUGACAUUUGGAGGCCUUUCGCUCUUCGGCAGACCCACUCGGACCCAGAUAAUGGGCACAACCUGGGAAGGAGCGGCCGACCGAUGAUGACACUCUGCUGCACUAUGAACAGCCAUGAUCUCGUCCAAGGCGUUUCCCAGAAGGGGCUCCCCUCUCCGACACUGUGCUUACAUAGGUCAGGAAUACAACUACAUCAUACAAAAGGAAUGAUGGCAUUGACUUGUCUGAACUAUGGCACACCUGCAGGAUAAAGGUGAGGUCCACCGACAUCUGAUACCAAAAGCAAAACCAAGAUCAAGUAGAUCUACAUUUUAUAAGGAAAAAACAAGUCGGUGAACAACUGAUGGUUUAGCGUCCACACUUUCACCAUGUUGACGAGGUUGCACCAUGGCUGCUGAUUCCUGUAGACUAGUAGACUCUCCGGUGCGGCACUGAGCCCAGUGACCCUAACUCAUGAUGCAGCGUAACGGUGGCGGGGUGGGGGCUGGUGGCCAGCCGUGGGUGCUGCGGCGCGUGCGCCUCACCUGGCUCAGCUUCAUGCUCUUCUUCAUCCUGGUCUUCUUCCCGCUCAUUGCCCACUACUACCUCACCACCAUCGACGAGGCAGGCGGCCCCGACAAGCGCAUCUUCGGCCCUCGGCCCGGCGGUGAGCUGUGCGAAGCCAAGCACGUGCAGGACCUGUGCCGCAUCCGCGAGUCGGUCAGCGAGGAGCUGCUUCAGCUGGAGGCCAAGCGGCAGGAGCUGAACGGGGAGAUCGUCCGACUCAACCUGCGUAUCGAAGCGUGCAAGCGUAGCAUCGACAGUGCCAAGCAGGACCUGCUGCAGUUGAAGAACGUUAUCAGCCAGACGGAGCACUCAUACAAGGAGCUGAUGGCUCAGAACCAGCCCAAGCUCUCGCUUCCCGUGAGGUUAUUACCUGACAAGGACGACCCAGGACUACCCCCGCCCAAGUCUGCCCACGUCUGCCGCCUGCGCUCCUGCUUCGACUACGCCCGCUGCCCGAUGACCUCGGGCUUCCCUGUGUACGUCUACGACACGGCCUCCUACCCCUGGGGUGAGUCCUUGGACCCGCUGGUCAGGCAGGCCUUCGCCACCUCGGUGAAGAGCAGCAUCUACGUGACGGACAACCCCAGCAUCGCCUGUCUGUAUGUGGUGCUGGUGGGGGAGCUGCAGGAGUCUCCUUCCUCCCCCCUCCCGGCCCCCUCAGCGCUGGAGAAGCAGCUGAAGGCUUUGCCGUACUGGAGGUCUGACGGACACAACCAUCUCCUGGUCCACCUUUCCAGGAAGUCCAUGACACAGAACUUCCUGUACAAUGUGAGCACGGGCCGGGCGGCAGUGGCCCAGUCCACCUUUCUUGAGCAGCAGUACCGCGAGGGCUUUGACCUGGUGGUGUCCCCACUGGUUCACGCCCUCUCUGAGCCCAACUUCCUGGAGGUGCCACCCCAGGUGCCCGUCAAGAGGAAGUACCUGUUUACCUUCCAGGGCGAGAGAGUGGAGUCUCUGAGGAGCAGCCUGCAGGAGGGGCCGCCUCAGUCCUUUGAGGAGGAGAUGGAGGGAGACCCGCCAGCCGACUACGACGAUCGCAUCAUCGGAACGCUUAAGGCAGUGCAGGACAGCCGCCUGGACCGGGUGCUGGUGGAGUUCACCUGUAAGAGCCCGCAGCCCAGCCUGCCCACAGAGUGGGCCCUGUGUGGGGAGAGGGAGGAGCGGCUAGAGGUUCUUAAGGCCUCCACCUUUGCCUUGGUCAUCUCCCCCGGGGAUGGUCAACUGAUGGCCUCAGCGGGUAACGGCAUGAGGCUGUUUGAGGCCCUGGAGGUGGGGGCCAUCCCUGUGGUACUGGGGGAUCAUGCCAGGCUGCCCUACCAUCAGCUGGUCCACUGGAGCGAGGCGGCCAUUAUGGUGCCCAAGCCCCGCAUCACCGAGCUGCACUUCCUGCUACGCAGCCUAUCAGACAAUGACCUGCUGGCCAUGCGGCGGCAGGGCCGCUUCCUGUGGGAAACCUACUUCUCUACCUCAGAGAACGUCCUGGGCACAAUUCUGGCUAGCGUCCGGACCCGCAUCCAGGUGCCCCCCGCGCCCAUCCACGAGGAACCUGCCCAGGAGAUCCCCCACAAGGCGGGCAAGAUGGCGGGCACGGACGCUAACAUGGGCGACAAUGGCGACCUGGACCUGGGUCCCGUGGAGACGGAGCCACCCUACGCCUCACCACGCUUCCUUCGAAACUUCACCUACACAGCAUCCGACACCUACCAGACCUGGAACCGCGCCCCGGGGCCUUUCCACCUCUUCCCUCACACGCCGCUGGACCCGGUGCUGCCCUCGGAGGCCAAGUUCCUGGGUUCGGGCACGGGCUUCCGCCCCAUUGGCAGUGGCACGGGUGGCUCGGGGAAGGAGUUUCAGGCAGCGCUGGGUGGGAACGUGCCCCGGGAGCAGUUCACCGUGGUCAUGCUGACCUAUGAGAGAGAGGAGGUUCUGAUGAACUCCCUGGAGAGGCUCAACGGGCUGCCUUACCUCAACAAGGUGGUGGUGGUGUGGAACUCCCCCAAGCCUCCUUCAGACGACCUGCUGUGGCCAGACAUCGGCCUGCCCAUCGUGGUGGUGCGCACGGAGAAGAACAGCCUCAACAACCGGUUCCUGCCCUGGGACGUCGUGGAGACGGAAGCCAUCUUGUCCAUCGACGACGACGCCCACCUCCGCCACGACGAGAUCAUGUUUGGGUUCAGAGUGUGGAGGGAGGCCAGGGACCGCAUCGUGGGCUUCCCUGGGAGGUUCCAUGCCUGGGACGUCAACCACCAGUCAUGGCUCUAUAACUCUAACUACUCCUGUGAACUGUCCAUGGUACUGACGGGCGCCGCCUUCUUUCACAAGUACUAUGCGUACCUGUACUCGUACGUGAUGCCCCAGGCCAUCCGCGACAUGGUGGAUGAGUACAUCAACUGUGAGGACAUCGCCAUGAACUUCCUGGUGUCGCAUAUCACCCGCAAGCCCCCUAUCAAGGUGACAUCUCGUUGGACCUUCCGCUGCCCCGGCUGCCCGCAGGCCCUGUCGCAUGACGACUCUCACUUCCACGAGCGCCACAAGUGCAUCAACUUCUUUGUCAAGGUGUACGGCUACAUGCCCUUACUCUACACGCAGUUCCGCGUGGACUCUGUGCUCUUCAAGACGCGUCUGCCCCACGACAAGACUAAGUGCUUCAAGUUCAUCUAGCCCAUGGCUAGGCCCAGCUAAGAACGUUGGGCAGAACGGAGCUAGAGACUGAGGAACUCGGGCAGGACGGAAGAGAGAGCAGACAGGACUGGUUCUGAGAAAGAGGGAGGUUUUGGGAUGAGGGCUUAAACCCAGGAAUGGAUCUAGGAUGAAUGAGACAGACCACACCUUCACUGGAAGCUGAGAAGAACCUCUGCCAAUCAAGAAGCCUUUUCAUUUUUUUUUUACGUAAUUGUAUUCUUCAUCAUGUCGUUCAUGUGUGUUACAUCAUCAACUACUACAGAUUUCAUUUAGCUUGUUAUGGGCCUGCAGAGAGAAAGAGGAGAGGACGCUGGCAACACUGCCUGUCCAAGGACAGUGACUUAACUUGACUCUGCAAGACAAACUCAAACUGUCAUUCUAAACGGACUGGUUUUAAACUGACACAGGGAGAGAAUGAGACAGUGGACUGCCACGUGGGCCAGCCCUGAGCUCCUGAAUUACUAGCUAGACAACGGACUGGUUUUAAACUGACACAGGGAGAGAAUGAGACAGUGGACUGCCACGUGGGCCAGCCCUGAGCUCCUGAAUUACUAGCUAGACAACGGACUGGUUUUAAACUGACACAGGGAGAGAAUGAGACAGUGGACUGUCACGUGGGCCAGCCCUGAGCUCCUGAAUUACUAGCUAGACAACGGACUGGUUUUAAACUGACACAGGGCGAGAAUGAGACAGUGGACUGUCACGUGGGCCAGCCCUGAGCUCCUGAAUUACUAGCUAGACAACGGACUGGUUUUAAACUGACACAGGGAGAGAAUGAGACAGUGGACUGCCACGUGGGCCAGCCCUGAGCUCCUGAAUUACUAGCUAGACAACGGACUGGUUUUAAACUGACACAGGGAGAUAAUGAGACAGUGGACUGUCACGUGGGCCAGCCCUGAGCUCCUGAAUUACUAGCUAGACAACGGACUGGUUUUAAACUGACACAGGGAGAGAAUGAGACAGUGGACUGUCACGUGGGCCAGCCCUGAGCUCCUGAAUUACUAGCUAGACAACGGACUGGUUUUAAACUGACACAGGGAGAGAAUGAGACAGUGGACUGCCACGUGGGCCAGCCCUGAGCUCCUGAAUUACUAGCUAGACAACGGACUGGUUUUAAACUGACACAGGGAGAGAAUGAGACAGUGGACUGUCACGUGGGCCAGCCCUGAGCUCCUGAAUUACUAGCUAGACAACGGACUGGUUUUAAACUGACACAGGGAGAGAAUGAGACAGUGGACUGUCACGUGGGCCAGCCCUGAGCUCCUGAAUUACUAGCUAGACAACGGACUGGUUUUAAACUGACACAGGGAGAGAAUGAGACAGUGGACUGUCACGUGGGCCAGCCCUGAGCUCCUGAAUUACUAGCUAGACAACGGACUGGUUUUAAACUGACACAGGGAGAUAAUGAGACAGUGGACUGCCACGUGGGCCAGCCCUGAGCUCCUGAAUUACUAGCUAGACAAUGGACUGGUUUUAAACUGACACAGGGAGAGAAUGAGACAGUGGACUGUCACGUGGGCCAGCCCUGAGCUCCUGAAUUACUAGCUAGACAACGGACUGGUUUUAAACUGACACAGGGAGAGAAUGAGACAGUGGACUGUCACGUGGGCCAGCCCUGAGCUCCUGAAUUACUAGCUAGACAACGGACUGGUUUUAAACUGACACAGGGAGAGAAUGAGACAGUGGACUGUCACGUGGGCCAGCCCUGAGCUCCUGAAUUACUAGCUAGACAACGGACUGGUUUUAAACUGACACAGGGAGAGAAUGAGACAGUGGACUGCCACGUGGGCCAGCCCUGAGCUCCUGAAUUACUAGCUAGACAACGGACUGGUUUUAAACUGACACAGGGAGAGAAUGAGACAGUGGACUGCCACGUGGGCCAGCCCUGAGCUCCUGAAUUACUAGCUAGACAACGGACUGGUUUUAAACUGACACAGGGAGAUAAUGAGACAGUGGACUGCCACGUGGGCCAGCCCUGAGCUCCUGAAUUACUAGCUAGACAACGGACUGGUUUUAAACUGACACAGGGAGAGAAUGAGACAGUGGACUGCCACGUGGGCCAGCCCUGAGCUCCUGAAUUACUAGCUAGACAACGGACUGGUUUUAAACUGACACAGGGAGAGAAUGAGACAGUGGACUGCCACGUGGGCCAGCCCUGAGCUCCUGAAUUACUAGCUAGACAACGGACUGGUUUUAAACUGACACAGGGAGAGAAUGAGACAGUGGACUGCCACGUGGGCCAGCCCUGAGCUCCUGAAUUACUAGCUAGACAACAGACUGGUUUUAAACUGACACAGGGAGAGAAUGAGACAGUGGACUGCCACGUGGGCCAGCCCUGAGCUCCUGAAUUACUAGCUAGACAACGGACUGGUUUUAAACUGACACAGGGCGAGAAUGAGACAGUGGACUGCCACGUGGGCCAGCCCUGAGCUCCUGAAUUACUAGCUAGACAUUUCACCCUUUGAGAGAGAAACAAAGGCAUACCAUUUGUCAUUGCACAAAUUGUUUUGUUUUUUGUCGUUUAUUUUAUAUUUGUAAACUAAUUUGACAUGUAUUUACUCUACUCUUGUAUAUGAAACCGUGAGAGAAGCACUGAAGGUCGCAGAAGUAUUCUAUUCAAUGAUCUUACUUUUUUUACAUGGUGUUUAGUAGUGUAAAUCUCCAUGUGGGAUGGUCAGUCGUCACCAGAACCUCUUGUUAUUAGCUGACCCAUAGAAUCACUAGAACGGGUAAAGGCCCUCAGAACAUGUCACAGUAGAUUAUAUGUCUAUGGGCAGACCUAAACUAAGCUAGAAAGUGGUCUUUGUCAUUCUGUCUUUAAAUGACCUCAGAUGGAGACUACAGGACCAUUAUGCCACAAGUUCUACAAGUUUACCAGAAAAAUCUGUAAAAUAUUAAUAGGAAACUGUAUUAGUUGGAAUCACAUUACCUAACACAUUCAUUAAGCCUACAGCAGACUACAUUGGUGUAAAGUCAGACCUUGGCUUUUUUCCUGACUUUUUGGAUGUUAGUGAUAUUGGUCUACCAAUGGUUAUUGUUAAAUGUCUGAGUAGUCCUAAUUAAGUGUUCAGUAAUGGAGUAGGGUGACGUUGCCCCUAGAUGCCGAUCUUGGGUCAGUUUUUAACUUCUCCCACUAAUGGUUAAUGUUAGGAUUAGAGAGGGGAAGCUGAUUCCAGAUCUGGACCUAGGGGAAACUUCCGCAGGAGCAUCAAUUGUACAAGGAAUUGAAAAAUAAGCUUAUUUCGACUCUGAAGAUGUUUUGGUGUUUCUGUCUCUCAUCAUCACGGUCCAAUCAUGUCGAAGGUUACAGUUCCAUUCAGUUUGAACCUUCAAAAGGAGCUUCUUCUCUGUACAGCGUCUCCAUGUCGGUCCCUCAAGUUUCAUUUCAGAACGAUUUCAUGCUCAAUGAAUGUUUUUUUUUGCCAAAUAGGUACGAUGUUAUAUGCUGAAAAACAGCACAAUGUUUUGUAAAGUGCACAAUGCAGUCUGGUACCCCCCCCCUUUAGACGGUACUCUUCCACCUUGGCCACCCCCCCACAUCUCCCCCAAAAAUAGGUCCCCCGGCUAUGAAAAUAGCAGCGCCCGCCCUUGUACUAUGCAGCCCUUAUUACUUCAUGUACUUUGACCUUUUCUGGCUUCAUUCCAUUCAUUUGACUGGAUGAUAUAAACUAACAAUGCAUCCUUUAUUUGAGAUGAUUCAGGAGAGAUGACAACACUGUUGAUCAGAAAAUAGGAUCGGUCUUACUCUGGGAGGCUACUUUUAUAGAACUCAACAUUAUCGCCCCACAUAUACUUUCUGUAUAUUUAUUUAAUUGAAUAUAUUAAAUGGAUCUUCUAAGGCUUGCUUCUAAAGGGGUUUGUGAAUAGAAAUGACUGCAAUAAAAUGGAAUGUGAUCUUGGCCAUUAGCUCUGACAACGGAACCUGCUCCCCCGACUGACCCGGCAUCAGUGGGCCCCAUUACAACACUAACGAAAACCAAAUCAAGUGUUAUUUGUGACAUGCUUUGUAAAGAACUGGUGUAGUCUAACAGUGAAAUGCUUACUUACCAACAAUGUAGAGAGAACAAUAGAACGAUAAUAACACCAGGAAUAAAUCCACAAUGAGUAAAGAUAACUUGGCUUUAUACACGGGGCACCAGUACGGAGUUGAUGUGCAGGGGAAUGAGGUAAUUGAGAUAGAUAUGUACAUAUAGGUAGGGAUUAAGUGACUUGGCAAUAGGAUAGAUAAUAAGCACUAGCAGCAGCGUAUGUGAUGAGUCAAGAGGAUGCAAAAGGGGGUCAGUGCAGAUAGUUUGGGUAGCUAUUUGGUUCACUAUUUAGCAAUCUUAAGGUUUGGGGUAGAAGCUGUUCAGGGUUCUAUUGGUUUCAGACUUGGUGCAUAGGUACCGCUUGUCUAUGACUUGGGUGGCUGGAGUCUAACAAUUUUUUAGGGCCUUCCUCUGACACCACCUGUUAUUGAGGUCUGGGAUGGCAGGAAGUUCAGCCCCAGUGAUGUACUGGGCCUCACGCACUGUAGCGCCUUGCGGUUGGAUGCUAAGCAGAUGCCAUAUCAAGUGAUGAUGCAGCCAGUCAAGCUGGUGCAGCUGUAGAACUUUAUGAGGAUCCGAGGGCCCAUGCUGAAUCUUUUCAUCCUCCUGGGGGGGGGGGGAGAGGUGUUGUCGUGCCUUCUUCACGACUGUGUUGGUGUGUUUGGACCAUGUUAAUUCCUUAGUGAUGUGGAUGCCGAGGAACGAGACGCUCUCAACCCGCUCUACUACAGCCGAGUGCUACGGGGCGAUAGUGAUUUAGACGGGUUACCUUGGCAUUCUUGGACACAGGGUCUAUGGUGGUCUGCUUGAAACAUGUAGGUAUUACAGACUGGGUCCUGGAGAGGUUGAAAAUGUCUGAAGACACUGGCCAGCUGAUCAGAGCAUGCUCUUUGUACCCGUCCUGUGAACCCAUCUGCCCCCGCGGUGAAUGUUCAUCUGUUUAAAGGUCUUCCUCACAUCGGCUAUGGCGAGCGAAAUCAAACAGUCGUCCGGAACAGCUGGUGCUCUCGUGCAUUCCUCUAGGCGAGCAUUUCGCUUGUCUGGUAGACUUCCGUCACUAGGCAGCUCAUGACUGGGUUUCCCUUUGUAAUCCUUGGAUGUGGCGGAGCUUGCAAACGAUCGAGUGUCAGAACCGGUGUAGUAGGAUUCGAUUUUAGUCCUGUAUCGAGGCUUUGCCUGGUUGACGGCUCGUCAGAGGUCGUAGUGGGAUUUAGUGUCCCUGCUCUUUGAAAGCGGUAGCUCGAUGUGUCAUUGACUGCACGUUGUAAAACUUGCCCUAAAAUGCAGGCCUGGGAUCAGCUCUAGCCUGCACCAAUCUUAACCGGAUCAUUUCAGGUGAAAAGCAAAACUGAUCUGAGAUCAGGACUUUGAGACAACAACAGUCUGGGUAUGUGCUCAGUUAAACCGGUUUUAUUACUCUGGGUCAAUCCAUUUGCAAUAAGGUGCAGUAGCUUCAGUUUGAGCUCCCGAUUUUGCCUGCAUAAUUACCUGGCUCACAGACUUCUGACAUUUCCUUCGGCAGGGAGGGGUCUGGUCGGGUGACAUCUCACACAGUGCUUUGAAAGUCCCACCUCCAUCCUUCCCCUUUCAGUUUUCUUCGGGGCCAGUGGCACAGGUUUUUCCAUGGCAACAAGCCAGGAAAGAGGGCCAGGAAAAAGCUGACACUCGUUCCUUUAACCAGGUGUUUAAGUGUUCUGAAACUGUGCUCCUGUGACUGUCCCUCACCCAACCCUGGGUCUUGUUCAUUAUACACCAAACAGACUGAAGCAGAGGAAAUAUAUGGAUUUAGUCCAAUAAGAAAGGCUUGUUUUGAUUUAGUUUUAAUUUACAACACUAAAGCUGUUUGCUUGUGUUCGCUAAUGAAUAUGGCCCUGGACUAGCACCUGCAACUACUACUGCCAGCCCUGUUCUGUACCAGACUGACCAAUGAUGACAGGGUAAAACAAACCAUUGAAGGCCAAACAUGGAAUUAAAGUUGGUUAAAAACAUG